UCAUGACCGAUCCGAAAUUAAUUUCCAAGUUGGCAGACAUCCCCCUAGCAAAACCAGGCUUUGAUGCUCUAGACAUAUCCAAACCUGUUCUAAUGCAAAUGAACCCGGAAGGCAAAUGGGAAAGGAGUGUACCGAAAAACAUAGAAGAAGAAAUGUUAAAAUCCGUAGUCCAACAGUUAAUCAGUACACAGGCAGUUUCAGCUGCAAAGUCCUACUGUACCCAAUGUGCUUCAGACGCUCAGAGGCUAGGUGGCAAGUCAAACUACGUGCCCAUAAUCAUGAUGCCAAUCAACGGUAUAAGCUCGUGCCCUUUUGAUGAUAUUGAAUGUGAAGACCAACUCAAGAAAGAAAAAGCUUUAAAAUACACCCAAAAGAAGAGUAGCACAGAAAAGCAAGAGGGUGACGAAAAGUUGGACAAAAAGCCUAAAAAGCGGCCAUUUGUUUUGCAGCGGCUGACAGAUUUUGAUCUUAUAUCUCAAUGGUAAAUUGAAAUGUAUGAG